AUGGCCUAUGACCAUUUUACAAGUGACAUGUGGCUCCCUUCUGGCUUUCGUGCGGCUUCCAUUGGUGUUCGUAUCUACGGUGGCACUCAUUCUUGUCAACAUUAUCGUGUCUAUUGUAGCCAAUCUGCCAACACGCGUCGGUUAGGACUCACCACUGAUAACAUCAAAAAGAGUUCCAAGGGAUCUUCUCGAGUCGGACGUGGUGAUGUCGUUGUCUGCAACUACACGAGCUUUUUGGAGGUUUUAUACCUUGCUAAACGAUUUUCACCGGUAUUUGUGCUAGCAAAAGAAGGUAAGAGUGAUGAUAUAAGUCUUGUGCACGUCUGUGGACUGCUAGAGGCGCUGUACAGGUCCUUGGCAAUGCCUGUGAGUGCCGAACGAGUCAAGCCCACACGGAAACUUGCAGAGGUGGUGCGUCGAGCUUCUGGACCGAUUGUGGUGCUAGCGGAAGGAGUUUGUAGCAAUGGAAAAGCCGUGUUGAGGUUCAUCCCUGUGCUGCAGCACCUGUCGGUCAAAACCCGUGUGCACCUUGUGGCGUUUCGGUACGAGUACAAGAGUUUCAGUCCAAGUCACACUGUUGGUAGUGCAUGGUCUCAUCUAUUUUGGACUGCAUUCCAUCUCUACCACACGAUGCGUGUGACGGUGUUGAAUGCUAACGACUUGAGUAUGGAAGAUCUGACUUCGGCCCGAUUAUUAAACAGUAAGAGUAGUAAAAAGCAGGAUAACUCCAAAAUGCUGUCCACGGUUCAGGUGGAAAAGCUUCGCUCGCUUCUGGCUGCGAUGCUACGCACGAAGACGGUUGAUCUGGGUCCAGAGGAUUUUGUAUCUUUUAACAACUACUGGAAGCAUGUAAACGGUGGCGGACGUCAGCCGGCGUCUCAUUUCACGGACCGCAAGGCUCCUCACGAGCAUGCUCAGUGGGCCAAGAGAUAG